GAAAACAUAAAAUCAGAAAAUAAACAGGAAAACGAAGCCAAACGCACCAUAAAAGGUUGAUACAAAAGAGGGGUUGAAAAAUAUUGAAAGUGAUCGACUAAUAGCGCCGCAAUUCGCUGCUCCUUCUUUGGUGUUGCUUAUAUCAUAUAUAGUUAAGCUUAACAACCUCCAUUCAAAGUUAAAGAUGCCUCGUACCAGCACUCUGGAGUGCUCCGGUUGCCCUCCGCUUCGCGCUCUAACCUUUGACGCGCUUGGUCUCAUCAAAGUUGUGGAGGCCCGCGAUAAGCAACGAGGAGCUCCCCAGGUCGUAGAGAGGUGGGGCGACCCUGAAUCAUCCAAAUGUGUGAUGGCUGUUUCAAUGAUUGACCGAGAGUCUCACCCUUUAUUAGCUGUAGCGAGGAAAAACAACCAGAUUGAAGUUUUGAGCCCUGUAAAUGGAGAUAUUCAGGCUACAAUCACGGAUGCCAAUGAUUUAGAUGUUCAAUCUGAAGUGAAUAAUAUUGUUGGAUUGCAUUUAUUUGCAAAACAAAAUUCGGAAUUAGCUUCCAGGGAUUGUACUCUACUUACAUGCACAACCAAAGGAAAUGCAAGCAUAAGGUCCAUUGAACUUGUUGAUUCAUCUACAGUAUCCUCCUGUAUUGACUCUCCAAAAAUAUGGAAUGUAUGUUCUGGUGGUAACAUCUUGUGUUGCAAGGUGGAUGGAAAUGAGAAGUUUGCUUUAUUUGGAGGGAAAGGUGUUGAAAUGAAUAUUUGGGAUCUUAACAACUUCACUAAGAUCUGGAAUUCCAAACCUCCGCCGAAGGAUAACCUCGGUAUAUUUACACCGACUUGGUUCACAUCUGCUACAUUUCUUAUGAAAGAUGACCAUCGAAAAUUUGUUGCUGGCACCAACAGCCAUCAGGUUCGCCUUUAUGACAUGUCUGCUCAGAGGAGGCCUGUUCUCUCAUUUGAUUUCCGUGAGACACCAAUUAAAGCAUUGGCUGAGGAUAUAGAUGGCUAUUCAAUCUAUGUAGGGAAUGGGUCUGGUGACAUGGCUUCUGUUGAUAUACGCACAGGAAAAAUGCUAGGAUGUUUUUCUGGAAAAUGCUCUGGAAGCAUCAGAUCCAUAGUCAGGCACCCUGAGCUACCUGUAAUAGCUUCUUGUGGACUGGACAGUUAUUUACGCCUUUGGGAUACAAAGACAAGACAGCUUCUUUCUGCUGUUUUCCUGAAGCAACAUAUUAUGCACGUGCUUUUUGACUCUAACUUUGAUGUUAAAGGAGUGGAUUCGCUACCAUGCAAGGAACAAACUCCAACUGAGAUCUUGGUCAGCGAAGAAGUUGAAGAAUCACCUUUGAAAAGAAAAAAAUCUUCCAGAAACAAAGAGCAUAUACCAGAUGGGGGUGAAAGAAAGAAAAGAUCUAAACAGAGUAAAGAGCGCAAGAAGUCUGAAGGAAAUGAUGGAGGUGAGAAGAUUGCAUCAAGAGAUGAGGGAAGCAGGUCAGCAUCCAAGAAAAGAAACAAGAGAUCAAUUCCAGUGUUGUGAUUUAGAUGUGGACUAAGAUCCAUGUGAUACAAAUAGGGUAUCUGAACUAAUAUUGGGAUGCAUGGUGAUGAAGGCAAAGUCUGAAUUAUAGUAAGACUUUGUUUUUAGUAAUUUACAUCAGCUUGGAGGUGAUUUUAUGGGGGAGUGAAUCGAUUCAUAUGGCAUUGCUGAUGUAAAUUUGUUCAAUUUUGUGAAUUCUCCAUGACUAUGAGAUUAGUGUAAGUUAUUCAACAUAGAAAGUGAUUUAGGUUUUGGGCAUGACUUUUCAUGGUGAAAUGUUUGAUAUUUUGCUUUGCAGCUGUCGGCUUGUAGCCAAUUUUUGCUUAGGUGUGGAAAUGCUUUGCAAUUCAUUUUUAAUGUUUUCAACAAUCAUUUUAGUCCUUAAAAUUGUAGGACUAAUUUAUAUUAGUCCCGAGAAAAAAUGACAAAUUUCUUUGAAAUUGAA